AGAGAUAUUGGAGAGUCAGAAACAUCUAUGGCCAUGGCGAACAGAAGAGUCUUUCCUCUUGAUAGAUGCCCUGAAGAAAGACGCGGAAAGACUGCGGAUGAAGAGAUAUGUGAACUGGAGGAAAAUCUCUGGAGAAUAUUCACAGAUGAACAGCACUGAGGCAUCCUGCAGUACUCCCACUCAUUACACCUGCAGAAACAUUACAUCAUGUGACUACUGCACAUCCUUGCAGCUGACAAGAAAUUCACAAGAUGGGCUUCUUCAGUCCCCAGUGCAACAGACCAGGUCAAACAUCCUCUGCACUCCCCGUGAGCCCAGAGACAUCUGAAGUGAUGGAGUACUUCAGAGGAGGUCUUCAAUAACUGCAGCUCAUCUUGAUACCCCAGUAAAUUACAAGAUAAAAGGUACAGUGAGUAGGAAAGUCUGAAAGAAAUCAAGAUGGCAGACGGCCCUGGAUCCAGUCCCAGUCUCAACAUCUCCUCCAAAAGGCCCAAAAUCACCAAGGACCAGAUUGUUCCAGAUGCCAGGGAUGCAGUGCAAGAACCAGCGCCGCCUGUUUUCAUCCGUAAACUCCGUAAAGCUGCAGUAGGAACAAGUUGUGAUAUCCGCCUGAGGGUGUCGGUGGCAGGGUUUCCAAAACCUUUGUUGACCUGGUACCACAACGAUGAGCUCCUCCCUCCAUCAGAAGCCCAGGACUCAGGUGGGCUGUGGAUACGAGACUGCCGAACGAGCGAUGCUGGCUUGUAUACUUGUGUUGCGACCAAUGAGCUGGGAGAGGCAAGCUGCAGUGCUGUGUUGGCGAUUAUGGACCUCGGUGAAGAGAACUGGGCAUUCCACACGGACAUUUGGCAGAUUUACCCAUGUGAAGUUUUCCGCUCCUGCCGAAAGCAAAGCUAUGACUCUGAGACCACAGAGGAUGAGACCACAGAACCUCAGAUGGAAACCAAAGAGGGGCCCGGGAGGCACCAAGACAAGACUGGACGGAGAGGACCUUCAGGUGAGGGAGGCGGGAUGAUGGACUAUAACCCAGAUGCUUCAGAUCGCAGGGCCACCCUCCCUGGCUCCUAUGACCCUGUAGUGGAGCGAGAACUCCGUGCUCUGGGCUCCCGCCCUCCGGGGCCCCACUUGGACCCCACGAACCCUGCCAGGACUGACGAAUCACAGGGGCUGUCCUCCCUGUCUUCUCCCCAGCCACAAAAAAACACAACCCCAGAGCAAGACCCGGAUCAAACCAAACCUUCAGACCCCCAAUCUACUAAGACAGACCAAGCAUCAAGUGUCAACAGUGUUGUUAUGACACCCAAGCUGGCUCGUGCAGGGCCCAAGAUCUUCGACAAAGUCCUUGCUUUUGAGGAGCGACGGGCCAGUGUGGAUCUGCCAGGAGGAUCUAAAUUUGGACGAGCAGCUUCCUUUGACUCAGAAGACAGCGGCAAGAAGACAGGAGGCCCAAGCAAAGACGAGGAACGACUCCUGCAAGGCGCAGCCCAGAAACGAGCUGCGUUCAAGCAACGGGCCUCUUCUUUAGAGGACAAGACGAGCUACUCCCAGAGGGUCCAGAGCUACCAGAGCAAGUUUGCCGAAGAGCUCCAGAGGAUCAAGAAGCUCGUGGGGAAACCGAGCUUGAAGAAGGCGUUUUCAACCGAGCAGCUGUCACAGAAAGAGAGAAUGACCACGGGGAAGCUGGAGCCCAUUCCUCCCCAAGUGGUUAAAAAGUUGGAGGCGAGGGAGCGAGCCCUGGAGGACAGAAAAGUUGCGGAGAGGGACGGCAGAUCACAGAAUUCUCCACAGGCCCUCCAAGGCGAAAGUCUGGGGAAUCAGAGUAACAACCCUGAAAAGAGUAAGAUGACACAGCCAGAUUCGCAGUGGAAACUGGCGGAAAGCUCAUCACGAGGAAGCAUGGGGAAAAUCUCUGUUACCAUGGAGACGGCACCAGUUCACCAGUUACCAGGGCAACCAUUGCCAACAGCCACAAGGACAAGCAUCACCAGGGAAACCCUACAAAGCUCUACGGCAGCUGGAAAAGACGCUCAAAAAUCCCUUGUCCGAGAUCUGGGGACGGAGUCAAAGAUGGAGAAUAAAGCUGACCGUAGAUCACCAAGCCCGAAUGGGAAGAGAGCGUCCCCAAUAACUGUGAGGGAACCAGGGUCCCAGUUCCCACCCAAGCCCCCCCGGCUCACCCCAUCACCCACUCCGUCCAUCAGCCCUCUCCUGAAAAAGAGGAAGGCAGAGGCAGGCCGGACGUCUCCAGCCUUGAAAAUGAACAUCCCGACGAUCCUGGUGGAGGACGAACCCAUGGAGACAGAAAGUGCUGCAGACGAGAGAAGCAGAAGAAGAGAGGGGAAAAUUCACAAGGGCAGGAAAGGUCGAUCUGCUCAGCCGAGGUCUCCAGAAGACGGGGGCCCGUCUGAUGACUCCUCCCUAUCUGCUGACGAGGAGCCCGCUGAGGGCCCGAGGUUUGAGAGGCCCCUUGUGGACACCACCAGAUUCAGUGGCGCUGAGGUCACACUGAAUUGCAUCGUCACUGGGAGCCCGCCUCCAACAGUGACAUGGAGGAAGAAUAAUGUGGAGAUACAGAGCGAUGCCUUCCAUGUGGUUAAAGCUCACGGUGAGAGGCACAGUCUGGUGAUAAAGCACAUGAGGCGGAACAACGCGGGGUCGUACUGCGUCACGGCUGUCAACACGGCGGGCAGAGCGUCCUGCAGCGCAAUGCUCUACAUCCAAUCAGAGCCAACCCACAUGCAAUGUGGGGAGCUAGCCGGAGCCAACAGUCCGUCUGAGGCAGACGAGGAGUAUCUGAGCCCUCAGGAGGAGGCGAUGGAGCUCGGGGACUCAACUACUCCGAGUAAAAGAGUCCACUUCAAAGAGCCUCCCUCAUUUGAGGUGGCACCAUGUGACCAGGGGGUAACUGAGGGUCAAGACAUCCUCAUCUCAGCGAAGGUUGCAGGGCAGCCCAAACCCAUGGUUUACUGGUUGAAGGACAAAGUCACGUUGAAGUCAGCGGGCCGCUUCGCUGUGCGAGAGACAGACGACGGCACCUGUGAAAUGAGAAUCAGCUCGACUCAGAGGUCAGAUGCGGGGCUUUACGUCUGCAAGAUCAUGAACGAGCACGGCCAAAAGCAGGCCGAGUGCAGAGUGGAUGUUAAAGCAUCUGCAGCACAAACAGCACUGAAAAUCACCAGGGAUUUGAAAGAUGUGGCGGUGAGGGCUGGAGAGUCAGCCAUGUUUGAGUGUUUCAUUAUAGGACCUCCAGACAUCGAUGUAGACUGGCUUUCCAAUGGGAAGCUGAUCCAGCCCGCACUGCUCAACUGCAAAAUGUACUUUGAUGGCAAAAGGUGUCGCCUGCUGCUAAAUUCAGUCCACGAGGAUGAUAGUGGAACAUACACUUGCAAGCUGAGCACUGCCAAAGACGAGUUGACCUCAAGCGCAAACCUGAAGGUCACCCCAACCAGAGAGCCUCUGUUCACACGUAAACUGGACAUCCUGGAGGUCAUCGAAGGUCGCACUGCUCGCUUUGACUGUAAGGUGAGCGGCUCACCCGCUCCCCGAGUCACAUGGAUGCAUUUUGAGACAAGAGUGGAGGAGAGCGAUAAUGUUUGCAUCCUUCAAGAGGGGGGUCGUCACUCACUUGUCAUCACCCACGUUAGUGGCGUCACAGAAGGCUUCUACACAGCAGUCGCUCAAAACAUUCAUGGAAAGUCUGAAUGCACUGCUGAGCUGUAUAUGCAAGAACCUCGAGCUGCCAUCACGUCUCACAUGGCCAAACUGGAGAAGAUGCCAUCCAUCCCGGAGGAGCCUGAAGUGCUGGAGAGUGAGGUGGAGAAGAGGACCAUGCCGGAUUUUGUCAAGCCUCUGGCGGACGUGGAGGUGAUCGAAGGCAAAGAGGCGCUGCUGAAAUGCAAAGUUACAGGUUUGCCUUACCCAACCAUCGCCUGGUAUCACAACGGCAAACGCAUCGAGAGCAGCGAAGAACGCAAAAUGACCCAGUACAGGGAUGUCCACAGUAUGGUCAUUCGGAGCGCUUGUCACGCUCAUGGGGGCGUCUACAAGGCCGUCAUCUCCAAUAAGUUGGGCAAAGCAGCCUGCUAUGCACAUCUAUACAUCACAGAUAUUGUCCCUGACCCCCCUGAUGGUCCUCCAGUGAUAGAGGCCAUCACAGGGAAAACUAUAACCCUCAGCUGGAAGAGACCAAAAAGGCUCGACCCCUCAUUUGAUGCCAGCUCCUUGCUAUAUGUGGUCCAGCAGCAGCCUCUGGGCUCUAUCCAGUGGUCUGUGGUGGCGUCUAAUCUGAGAGAGACCAAUUACACCGUCACCUCCCUGUCCAAAGGAGUCCGCUACGCUUUCAGAAUCCUGACGUCCACCGGGAAGACGUUAAGCAAACCAUCACCCUCGACUGACCUGGUUCAGCUGCUGGAUAGAGGACCCUAUUUGAGGAAAGCACCAGUCAUUUUGGACAAACCUGACAUUGUUUAUGUGGUUGAGAACCAACCUGCGAGCAUCACCAUCACGCUGAACCACGUGCAUGCAGUUGUCGCCUGGAAAAGGAGGGGGGUGGUGCUGACCAACAGACUGGGGAUGUGUGAGAUGAGCAUGCCAGAUGACGAUCAACACACCCUGAAGCUUCAGCGAGUCAGGAGCUCAGACGUCGGUCAGCUGGUGGUCACGGCCAGCAACCAGUUUGGCAGUGACCUCUGCACGCCUCAGCUGGCAAUGGCAGUGCCUCCUAAGUUUGAAACUAUCAUGGAGGAUGUGGAUGUGCACAUUGGGGAGACGUCCCGUCUCGCUGUUGUGGUCGAAGGGAAACCAGACCCAGACAUUCUGUGGUAUAAGGAUGAUGUGCUUCUAUCUGAGAGCAGCCACUUCACAUUUGUGUAUGAUGACCCUGAGUAUUCCCUCGUUGUCCUCAACGCCCAGCCCGAACACUCUGGAGUGUACACCUGCACUGCCAAGAACCUGGCCGGCUCCAACUCCUGCAAAGCUGAACUGACAGUUCACACAGAGCGAAAAGAAGCAGCAGAGCCAAUGGAGGAUGAAGGAACCAUCCUGAGGAAGAUGAGGCGUUUGACGGAUUACUAUGAUAUCCACAAAGAGAUAGGGAGGGGAGCCUUCUCCUAUGUGAAGAGGGUGAUCCAGAAACAGGGAAAGGCGGAGUUUGCUGCCAAGUUCAUUUCUGCGGGAGGAAAAAGGAAAGCCUUGGCCCUCAGAGAGAUGGACCUGCUGUCUGAGCUGGACUACGAGAGGAUUCUCUAUUUCCAUGAUGCCUUUGAGAAGAAGAGCGUGGUGGUGCUCAUCACAGAGUUAUGUCACGAGGAGUUGCUGGAGAGAAUGGCCAAAAAAACAAUAGUCAAGGAGCUGGAGAUACGCUCUAGUGUUCAGCAGAUUUUGGAAGGUCUUCGUUAUCUUCACCAAAAAAACAUUGCCCACCUUGACAUAAAGCCAGAAAACAUUUUAAUGGCAAGUCCUGCAAGUGACCAGAUCCGCAUUUGUGACUUUGGUAACGCCAUAAAAUUGGAGACUUCUGAGGAGCACUACUGCAAGUACGGCACGCCAGAAUAUGUUGCACCAGAGAUUGUUAACCAAACUCCCGUCUCCACGGCAACAGACAUAUGGCCUGCUGGUGUCAUCACAUACCUCUGCCUGACCGGUGUGUCUCCUUUUGCUGGUGAGAAUGACAGAGCCACUGCCUUAAACAUCCGCAACUACAAUGUGGCAUUUGAGGAGAGCAUGUUUACUGACCUCUGCAAAGAAGCAAAGGGAUUUGUCAUCAAACUUUUGGUGGUGGACCGACUGAGGCCAAGUGCCAUCGAGUGCCUUCGUCACCCGUGGUUCAAGUCACCAACGAACAAGAGCAUCAGCACGGCUAUGCUAAAGCAAGUUUUGUCCAGAAGGCGAUGGCAGCGUUCACUCAUCAGCUACAAAUCCAAAAUGGUGAUGCGGUCGAUCCCAGAACUCUUGAAUGAUUCGUCCAACCACGUCUCUAUCGCUGUGGCCCGCCAUUUAAAAGAAGGCUCCCCACCACCCUCCUCUUCCUCUGACUCAGAUGCAGAUGUGGAUGAGCUUCCCUUCAUUCCUAUGCCGCUGUCCAUGGUGUUUUCUGGUUCCAGGGUGUCUCUUAAUGAGAUCCCGGGGGACGACGAUGUAACUGUGUAUACCAGUGCUCCUGCUAAUGGGACAAGGACAAAGGAGAGCAUGGAGGUGGCAGGUACGAGAGGAGGGGCUAGUAAAAGGGAGAAAGAUGAAGAGGAAACCCCAGAUGAGGAGAAAAUGGAAAAGACAAAACGAGCUCCCCUUAAAAAAGGAUCGAGUGUGGAGUCGGAGGAAUCACAAACAAAAGCCAGGAGGGCAACCAUGAGGAGAGGCAGCUCUGCUGAUUCAGCACUACUGCUCCACAUUGACCCAGAAGACGAAAAUGCAAACAAGGACUCAGAAGCAAGUAACAAGAGCCUAAAAAAGGCUGUUUCUAUGGAGCUACCCAAUCGCAGUCCAAGCCCGGGGGCGGCAAAGUUAAGCCAGGAGGAUUAUGCCCUAAAACUGGAGCUGAUGAGACAGCGGCUGCUCAGGGGAGGAAAUGUGGACAAAAAGAUGAGCGGCCUGCGAGGGCCCUUGUUUGAAACACUCGGCAUGGAAGACGAGAGGCGGACGGGGUCUCUUGAUCGGAAUUUGAGGAGAUCCAAAGCGGGGCAACUGACACUCACAAGAGCAGCGUCUUCAGAGAGCGCUGGAGAGGACACACCAAAGACCAAAGUUUUUCGUAAAAGCGCCUCCUUCACUCAAGGAGAUUCUGAGCCAAUGCCCCUACACCGGCGAUUUGGAGCCCCCUUAGAGAUCCCAUCAUUUGGUAAUGGUAGCAUAGAAGGGAAAAAGCUCCAGGAGGCAACCUCAAUGUCCGCACUCGCAGAACAAAUAACUCUGGAGUCUGCUUCACCUAAACAGAAGGCUUCCUUUAUCCUCCCAGGAAGCUUGGACCAAGAGCAAAAACAGAACAAUGUGAAAGAACAUGAAGAUAUGCAAAGUAUGAAUGAGAGGAACAUGGGUGGGAUGACAGAGAAAAGGACCAAAAACCAGUUAGAAAAGACAGAUCAAGUAGAGUCUGAGUCAAGAUCACCCUCUAUAAUUACUCCUAUAAUUGUAAUAGAGGAGGAUGAUGAAGACGAAGAGAAGAAAGACGAUCAGGAGACAAAGCAAGAUGGAACGCAGAAUAGUAGACCAUCACCUGCGUAUGCAAGUGUUGUUCAAGCUGUUGCAGUGCCGUCUCAACCAUCUGACGAGGCCCAAAGCAAACACCCAGCUGCUACAGCCACACGGAAUGAUACAAACUCUAUAGAAAUCCCUGCAUUACCUGAACAUCCCGCAGUAUUUGCAAAAGUAGCAACUGCUGAUCGAUCUCCUGGUUCUGUUUCCACAUCGUCAAACCCUGAUCUUGCUGCCGCCCCCCGCCAGCCUGUGCUCCGAACCGACAUUAAAGACAUCGACUCAGAGGAGGUCUUUGAAGCCAGGUUCAAGAAGCGGGAGUCGUCUUUGACCCGUGGUCUUCGAAAACUGACCAGGAACAAAUCAGAGGAGAAAUCACCUGUACUAACCCGAAAAGGAGGCGACGGAGGUGAAGAGAUUUACAGGCCAGGGCCGAGGGGGGCACCUCUUGAAAUUGUAUCAAAAGGACUGCAGGAGAAAUCCAAAUCUGUUCAAGAUUUAAGGGGAGACGAUAAGGAAACAGGCCUCGGCCUAAUCGGGCGGUUUUCCUUGAGGGCCAAGAGAUCAACAUCCGUUGAUAAGAAGGGUGAGAAAUCAAAGGAGGAGAAGAAUCAGGAUGUGCAGGAAACAGCUGUAAGCAAGAGGGUUUCAUGGGCUAUUGGUCGCAGUAAGUCCCUGGAUACAAAGGAGCUGAACAGUGCACAGAGGCAGCUCGAAGAGAGAGAACAAAGAAAAGCUGAAGAGUCAUCGGUCUCUGCAAUGAGGCGCAAGUUUGAGUCCAAAGUGGCUGGAAUCUCUGCCAAAAUUCGGACCCAGUCAGAGGAGAGGAAAGAUGCCGGGGGAAGUCAGAAAGAUCUGCUGCAAAAGGAUUUGAAGAAAGUCACUGAUUCCCCUGUUUUGGCAAUGCGAAAUAAGUUUGAGAACAAAGUGGCUGGAAUUUCCUCGAAAAUCCGCAGUCAGUCCGAAGAGAGAAAAGAAGGUGAGGAGGGAAAAAGGACACCUUUGUUUACCCGCCAUCGUCAUUCCCAAUCGGAGGGGCGAGGACUGAAAGGAAUGGGCAUCCCUGAGAAUCAACUCGCAAAACAGACCGGCGCUGCUGCAUCCAAGGAAUCAGUGGAUUCCACUUCUAGCAUCCAUUCCGAAAAAGCCUCAGAGACUGACAGGCGAUCGAGGUGGGACAGGUGGGGUUUGACAAGGAGCAAGAAAGACAAAAUGCCCUCGCAAUCUGAUCUGCCUUCAAUGGUCCACAAAGACGAGGGUUCCUCAGUAAACCAGCAGUUCAUCCGCUCUCCUUCAGAUUUUGCCCCCGUGUUCCACAUCAAACUGAAAGAUCACGUCUUAUUGGAGGGGGAACCUGUCACUCUCAGCUGCCUUCCAGCUGGAAGUCCGCAUCCAGAAAUCACAUGGACAAAAGAUCGAAAACCGCUGGAGGUGGAUGACAGAAUCAACCUGAUGUCCCACCCAGACGGCAGGCAGCUUCUCAGUAUCAUGAAGUCCAGCCGGAGAGACGCUGGAGUUUACGAAUGUGUGGCGACCAACCCCAUUGCCACCAUAACCACCUCCUGCACAUUGUCCAUAGCUUGUGUCCCAAAACGGCCAGGGACCCCUGAAGUCCCGCAAACUUACAACAACACCGCCCUGGUGCUCUGGAAGCCAGCAGACACCAAGCCUCCAUGCAGCUACACCCUGGAGAGAAAAUCAGAAGGGGAUCCGAACUGGCUGACGGUCGCCACUGGCGUCGUCGACUGCUACUACAACGUGACCGACCUGCCACCAGGCGGCGCCUUUCGGUUCCGCGUCGCCUGUGUGAACAGGGCAGGACAGGGACCACACAGCAACAGCUCCGCUCCAGUCAGCCUGGACUCAACAGGUGGAGGAGCCUCACCUGCUGUGGCCGUUGUAAAAACAGUUCCCGCUCCUCCUGUUGUCACCUCCUCAGUGACCGUGCCUUCUCUCAAACCAGUCCAGAAAAGCGCUCCCAGGAUAACUGCCUCCACCAUCACCUCCACCUCUCCUCCACCCUCAGCAUCUACACCUUUGGUCACUCCCACCCCUCUGCCCUCUCUGCCUUCCAGCACGGUCGCAACCACGGAGAACGCCCCAAAAUCAACCUCCUCUCUUCCCUCCUCCCCCACAGUCAAACCACCUCCACCUUUUGUCCUCCCGAAACCCCAGAGUCCAAUCAACAUUGUGUCGCCCAUGACUCAGAGCCCACCAGUGUCACCACCACCCCCUCUUGUCACCCCGCCAUCAACGCCAACCAAACCAACAGUGGCGUCUGUGCCCACGUACGUCCCCACCACCACCGUCACUGCUCGGGUGACUCCGACAGCUGUCUCCUUCUCCCCACAAGUGCUCCAGGCCUCCAGCCUGAGCCCCAUAGGUGAUGGGGCCAGUACCCCCACCAGAAGCGCACCAACAGGACGCACUACGCCCUCCACGGCUCUACGACAGGGGGUGCCACAGAAACCAUACACUUUCCUGGAUGAAAAAGCAAGGGGUCGUUUUGGAGUCAUCCGAGAGUGCCGUGAGAACACGACGGGCAAAAUCUACAUGGCCAAGAUAAUCUCCUACAACCAGGAGAACAAGCAGGAAGUCCUGAAGGAGUACGAGAUCCUGAAAUCCCUGCACAACGAAAAGGUCAUGGCUCUGCACGAAGCCUACGUCACGCCGCGCUACCUGGUGCUGGUGGCUGAGUACUGCACGGGCAAAGAGCUGCUGUUCAGCCUCAUCGACAGGUUUCGUUACUCCGAGGAUGACGUGGUGGGUUACCUGGUCCAGAUCCUCCAGGGAGUCGAAUACCUUCACAACCGCCGCGUCCUCCACCUGGACCUCAAGCCUGACAACAUCAUGGUGACCAACCUCAACGCAGUCAAGAUUGUGGACUUUGGAAGUGCUCAGCACUUCAACCCUCUCAUCCUCAAACGCCAGGACUCAGGAGCAGGAACUCUGGAGUACAUGGCUCCUGAGAUGGUAAAAGGUGAAGUUGUCGGUCCUCCUGCGGAUAUUUGGACUGUUGGCGUUGUCGCCCACAUUAUGCUUAGUGGUCGACUUCCCUUCGAAGAUAAAGACCCUCAACAAGUCGAAUCCAAAAUCCUGAUGGCUAAGUUUGACCCGACGAAACUGUACCCAAAUGUGUCCCAAAGUGCCUCCGCCUUUCUCAAGAAGAUGUUGAGCAGUUACCCCUGGGCGCGUCCGACUACACGAGACUGCUUCACACAAGCCUGGCUGCAGGACUCCUACCUUAUGAAGCUGAGGAGACAGACUCUCACCUUCACCUCCAGCCGACUCAAAGAGUUCCUGGUGGAACAACAAUGCCGCCGCACAGAGGCCGCCACCAAGCACAAGGUGCUGCUGCGCACCUACCAGAGCUCACCCCAGUCCCAUGUGCCCGGGACUGCGCCGCAUGUUCCCAGCCCGAAGUGACAUGACGGUGAAAAGGCAGCACCACACAUAAGUUGGAUCUGCCACAAAACACCUCUGUGAACCAGCGCUGCAUGAAAAAACGUCAGCCUGCCUAACGGGCACAGGUUACGGCACAGGGGACGGGCAGACAGCUGGAUA